AUGAAUUUAAAAGGAAUUUAUGAUUCAGUGAACCUCAGCAUUGUUCAGUUUUGUGUGUGUCAGCAGGUCAAGCGUAAGAAAGAGGCUGGUGAGAACCGCAUUAGACCAGGAAGAAAGAGGGUGAAGGUUCGCUACCCCAAAGUUAAAGAGAAGGAGGCAGGAAGCAAGGGCCAGUCUAUUCUCACCCAGGUCCUUGAUAAAGGCCGUUUUCUCAGACUGGGUGAGAGCCUUUCCUUGAAUCCUGGGAGAGCAAUGGAACUGAGAUGCAAAGGAACUAAUAUUGGCUGGGCAUAUCCCUCUUAUCUGGACACCUUCAAUGACAACCGCCUCAGCAUCAAGCAGCAUGAGCGGUACAGUCAGCUGAUUCUGACCUCGCCCUCUGCUGCUGAUACGGGGGAGUACAGCUGCUGGGUGGUGCUCUGUGACGGAGAAGAAUGUACAAAGGAUGGAGAAAGCACCUCUGCUACCUACAUAUACUUCACAGACAAAGAUGAGCUGUUUGUUCCCUCUGCCAUCCAUUUUGAGAUCAUCUACCUGCGCCCUGACAAGCCCGCCACUGUCCCGUGCCGGGUGACAAACCCCAAAAUCAACGUCUCGCUGCAUAGGGAAGUUCCUGCAGAAGAAAUUGCUGUGGAUGGGAUCCAGGUCUCUUACAACCCCAUGAAAGGCUUCAUCAUCCAAAACCCCAGUCCAGAACACAAGGGCGCUUAUUACUGCAAGGCCAACAGCACCACGAAAACCACUCCACAAAUAUCCACUAAAUACCAGCUGCUGUAUGUGGAAGUGCCUAGCGGCCCCCCCUUGGUGACUAUUGAGGCUUCUUCGAACAUAGUGAGUGGUGGAGACAUCUUCAAUGUUACAUGCACAGUUCUGGGUGAACCUGAGAUGAAUGUCAGCUUCAGCUGGAGCUAUCCUGGCCAGGGUCAGAGGCCGGUGAGCAUUCAUGACUCCUGGCGACUGAUAAACCGUGGUGUGGGACACACAACACGCAUCUCUCAGAGCGUCAUGAUAGUGGAUGAUGUUGAAACGAUUGACUAUGGAAAGUACAUCUGCACCACCAAAAAUAAGCGUGGACAGACAUUGGUGGCCACAACGGUAAAGUCACAUGAAUAAGAACACAAAGAUUAUAUUAUUGAGCUGAGCUGAGCUGGACUCCUUUCAAACUUCAGGCUUCUUGCUGCUUAAUAACAUCAUUAUGAAAAACAUGCAUUCUAUAUAUGACUUGGAAAUAAAGUGCUUCUUUUAAACUCAAUGAUGAAGCAAGUUAAUGCAAGCUUCAUGUUCAAUGGUAAAUCAACAGCACACUUAAUACAGUUUGUGAUGCACCAUUGUC